UUCACAGGCUGCUUACCUACAUCUUUGUCUAUGAAGACCUGAUCUCCUUGGCCUGCGGUGCCGUUAUCAUCUGGUACUUUGCCGGCAGCUUUGAGAAGAACGUUGGCACUGUGAAGCACUGCUUCCUCACCCUCGCGUUUGCCAUCCUCUCCGCCCUCCUGUACCUCUUACUCGGGACCAUUGUCUCAAGGGUGUCAGAGGUGGAAGAUGCCAAAGGAUUCAUGCCAGUAGCUUUUGCUACCUUGGGUGUGUCCACCACCCGCUCGCAGAUGAAGAGGACUCUGAUUUUCGGGGUUAGACUUCCAGUGGUGCUGGUGCCAUGGCUUAUGCUCUGCAUAGCAUGGUUUAUCCCCGGCUCUUCUCUCUUGAGUAACCUCUGUGGGCUCCUCGCUGGGGAAGCCUAUGGUCUUGGCUACUGUUUCUGCUUGGAUUUUCCAGAGUCGGCGGCCACUAAGCUGGACCGGGUGUUCCCUUUCAGUCUGCUAAAGAGGAUUCCAGGACUGAAAUAUAUCCCAGGGUCCUUAGCAGAGCGAAGAGCUUUCAAAAGCAGCAAGAUUAACCCUGCGACAGGCACUUACCCCACCCAAAGCUAUUACUGCUCUUCGCCUCCAGCUCUUCCUGCUUUCCAGAUGCAGCACCCGAAUGCCCAAAGCGAAGGGUUUCAACACAGCUGUGCUCCGGGAU